CUAUGCUAGAUAUUGAGGCACCGGUCACGGUGUGCGGAGAUAUUCACGGCCAGUUCUAUGAUCUUAUGAAGCUUUUUGAAGUUGGAGGGUCACCUGCAGCAACAAAAUACUUGUUUCUGGGUGAUUAUGUUGAUCGUGGUUAUUUCAGUAUAGAAUGUGUACUUUACCUUUGGGCACUAAAAAUAUCCUAUCCUUCAACACUGUUUUUAUUGCGCGGAAACCAUGAAUGUCGUCAUUUAACUGAAUACUUCACCUUCAAACAGGCAAAUAAUUUUCUAUUAAGAAAAUUUUAUUUGUAA